ACCUUCAAGAGACUCGUGUGUUUGUUUUGCUGGAGCUACUUUAGCUGACAUCUCUGAUGCUAUUUGUCUCCGUUGCAUUUAGCUUACACUGAUAACUGGCAAAAUGCUGACGACGGAGGACUUUACACACUUCCCGGUUCAGAUGUGGGAGAAGGUGUUGUCCAAGGUAAAGAAAGCUGUUGUUUUUAUGGAUGACAAGUGUGCAGAAGCUCUCCACUGGUGCGGAGGAGCUGCUGUCCUGUUGGAGGCUGGAGCCAGAAAUUUGAAGGAGUUCUCAAGUUUCGAAGCGUGCAGUGAGAAUGAACCGAAAGCGGUGUUUGUGGUGAGCACCUUGUUGAAGGGCAGAACAGUCGACAUCAUUAAAGACAUCAUAUCCCUCAGUCACUUCCAGUAUUGUGUCGUCUUCACCACCGUUGCUCACUCCGUGCACCUGCUCGCCAACAAUGUCACCGUAGAAAUGGACGGUAACCCUGUGUUUGAGCAGUUUGAAGAGAAGUUAUGCGAGUGGAUGGGAAACAUGAACUACACGGCAGAAGUCAUGCAUGUCCCAGUGGUCUUCGCCCCAGUGUCACAGCAGCUACUCCUCGCCCCUAUGUUUGCACACCUGUUCCCCCUGCUCAUACCUGAUCUGGACUCAAUAAAUGCCAAACGUCCAGAGAAGAAGAGAUUUGGAAGUGUGGUUGACAUUGACAUGCACUCUCUGCCUGUUGAACUGCAGUUUGAAAUCAAAUCCUUGGCCUCAGCAUUAAAUUCAGUGUUUGAAGCUACAGGCACCAGGGAGGAGAGUUUUGCUGUGGGUCCAAUGAGUCGCAUCAUAGCGGGAGAACUGGCCAAUCACCCUCAAGCCAAAAACAGAAGGAAGACAGCGCCUAAUAAAGCAUCCAUCAUUUUUGUGGAUCGAACAAUGGAUCUCACAGGAGCUGUUGGUCACCAUGGCGACAACCUGGUGGAGAAGAUUCUGACUGUGCUCAAACCUUUACCUGGUCAUGUGACAGACAUACAGGUGGACAUGCUGGAACUCACCAGUCUGCAGCGAACCCCUCACUCGCAGAACACCCUGGCCCUCGGCUGCCUCGCACAGACCCAGUCACCUGCAGCACAGUCGCUAUGGGAGGCCAUGCUCACCAAUAAACACAAAGAGGGGGUGAUGGAAGUCCGUCGGCAUCUAGUGGAAACAGCCAGCAAGGAGAAUCUGCCAAUCAAGAUGAGCAUGGGCCGUGUGACCCCUGAGCAGCUGUGCUCCUAUAUGCAGCUGUUCCGGAGCAAUUGGGGGGCGCUAGAGAGUCACUGCGGGGUGCUCCAGCUGGGCCUGGCCACGGCCCAGACGCUCCGCCACCCCAGCUUGCCCCGCUGGGACUCCUGCCUGGCCUUCGAGAGGCUGCUGCUGCAGGCUCUCGGAGACUCUGAUUUUCCUGCCGUGCUGAGGCAGCUGCUGCCCUUGAUGAAGCCCUGUACAGGCGAGGACAGCACCACCUCAGGGUUGAGGUCCGGGGAGGACGAAUGCGGGCCUGAUGAGCUGAUCCUCCUGCUGGUUUACCUGUACUCCCUGGCUGAUGAGGCACAGCCCUCAGACCGGGACGCGGAGGAGGAGGAAGAGGAGCUGGAGAAGCUGGAGAGGGAGCUGAUAGGAGCGCUCACCCUGGUCAUCACCCGAGAGAUCAAACUCAGCCCUUUGCUCCAGAAACUCACCGGUUGUGCGACCCCAGAGGAGCUGACCAUAGAGCGUGCUCAUUCUGCUGUGGAGGAGAUGUUCGAGACCCUCCGAGGUUUGAGCCACUCCAGAGACCACCUGAAGCAGCUGCGCUCCGUCUACACCGCCAGCGAUGGAGUUCACCAGGCGACCUAUCGUCCUUUCCUGCGGCAGAUCCUGGAGGAAGUCUUCCACCCUGACAGACUUGAAUGUCCUGAUAUCGAGCACAUGUCUGGAGGCCUAACGGACCUGCUCAAGACCGGCUUCAGCAUGUUCAUGAAGGUGAGUCGUCCACAUCCCAGCGACAACCCUCUGCUCUUCCUCUUCCUGGUCGGUGGAGUCACGCCUGCAGAGCUUCGUCUCAUUAAAGAAAUGGUCACCAUACACAAACCAGGGACACAGAUGCUGGUUUUGUCCACCAGAUUACUGAGGCCCACGGAUAUCCCAGAGCUGCUCUUCGCCACCCAAAGACUAUCGCCUGACAUCGGAGUCUAAAAGGUCCCUCACGUGGAAACACACACGUGGGGAGACACAUGCGCCGCCAACAUCCCGACACCUCGUCAGGUGUGAGUAAAGCUUACGCAAUCGGAAUCACUGUUAAUAGCUGCGAGCGGAAAUCAGGGAGGUGAUUUCCAAUCGAAGCAACAUUCCUAAUCAGUGUGUUUUGUUGGAUUUAAAAUUAACUGUAAAGUAAUUAUGUAAAAGCUGCAGUUGGGUUUGUUUUUCCUGGAGGCGGAAUAGAAAAUGUGUUUUUUUCUGUGUGUUUAUCCCUCUUUUUCUGCUAAAAUGACACCAAAUGUUAAUAUGAUACAAUAAAAAGAAUAACUUUUCA